AACGGCUUUAAGAUUGUUCCAUCAUGGGCCGUUCUGAACUUUUUUUUUAAAAAAAAGAAACCUUGAGUGCAAUUGAAAUUCUAGACCAUAUUCUUAUCACAUCCACCACCAAAGGGAACCAUUGUCCUUUAUCCUCCACUUCAACAUUUCGCAAACGUCUCGUAUUACCUAGAGAUCUCCCCAUUGGUUCCCGAUCUUCCGUCUCGUCUGUGUCUCGUGUUUGUGACGUGCAACAACUGGCCACCUCUUGUUGCCGUCGCCAUCUGACACCUCCGCGGUCGAGACCUGCUCUUGAACUUCGUUAACGGCAUCUUGCAACUUAUUCACCGGCCAAUCUGUUUGAUCCGAACACCGCAUCGAUUGCUCAGAGAGUGCCCUUACGCUUGCACCUGGCCGCCUCCGUUUGCCGACGCGACCCGAUCGUACCUAUAUACGACAUUUAAUAGCUUAGCCUAGCUAUUUACAAGUCGAGCGAACAUGGGCUUGAAUCCAGACGCUUCUCUUUCUCCCUCUUCAUCAACACCAAACCUCGAGAUACCUAAAAGUAUCGGCAUGUCGUCGUCAAUUCGCACCCAUUCCUCUCUGGGCCAGACCAGAGAGACAUCCCCCUCGCCCUCCCCCAGGUCGGGCUCUGUUUCCCUCCAGGCCGCAGCUACUCUCAACGCUGGUCUUCAGCGCAAGGAUUCACUACGAAGCUCUUCCAUCAGCCCUCUCCCUGCAUCUCAGGCCCCCAAGGUUCCCAGCGCCGGUCGUCGCCAAUCACAAGUCCUCAUGAACAUCCAGAUGAACGACCCAUCGAUACCCGCUCCUGGGGAAAUGAUCUCGGACAGCUCCAAGCCUUCAUCCGUCAGUUCCCCCCAGCCUAUCCCCGGCCGCCCGCAACAACACAGCCGGGCUCCUAGCCUCGGAGAGCUUCACCAGGAGCUAGAGAACGAGCAGGAGUACCAGGUGAACCGCCUGCUCAGCGAAAUUCGGAGGCUACAGUCACAGCUUCAGCGCCAGCAGUCCUCAUCCGGAGCCAUCAGCGAUGACAACUCCGGGCGGGACACACCCAAUCGCAGCUCAACACCACAGAUGGGAGGAAUUUCCGGAACAUCCAUCCCCAAAUCACCGGGCUUUCUUCCCCACCCCCGCGGCUCCUUCGACUUCCCCCGCAGCAGCAACGACCUCAAUAAGGCCCGGUCCAGAACGCCGAGCAGAGGCGCUUCGCCCAGGGUGCGCGCCACGUCCAUUAGUGCAGACAGUAUGGACCAGUGGCCCCUGGGCGGAAAGGAUGAGAGUGCCUUUUAUCAGGCAGAGACGCAGAUGCUUAUCAGGGAAAACCAGAUGUUGAGGCAUCGCAUUCGUGAAUUGGAACGUCAACUAGUCGAGUCAUCAGGAAAAGACGUUGCCAACACUCACGAACCUACUCACGCGUCAGGUCUUCAUCGGUCGACGUCUAUCUCAGACGUAGAACGUCCCAAGAUGACUGCCCCUGCCCAGCAGCACCAGGAGGAAGCGAUUGUUGAGUGAUGAAACACAGAAACCAGAGUGAGCUCUGGCUUGCUCGAGUGAGAUUUCAAAGUUCCUCAUUCACGGGUAUGCUUCAAAGGAAGGAAUGAUACUUUUAUGAUAAAGGCGUUUUCGAGAUUAUGUCAGGCCUCGGGUCUCCAAGCUGGCACCACUGUCCGUGGUGAGGUUUUAUAGAAUUCUGUGUUUCAGGACCCCAUCUCCUACUCCAGAAAAGUGAAACCUACGGAGUACCCACGACAAAUAGGGAGACAAGCCAGUUUGGUGUUUUCAGGGACAGGACAGGACAGGACUGGUUGGUGGCUUACAGGCGUUAUUGGCGGAUAAUACCUCCCUCUAUUGCAGUUCGUUUUACGGGGAUCUUUUCGGUGGAAAGUUGAAGUAAAUGAAAUGGAAUGCAAAGAUUGAAUUAGGAAUGGGAGAUACAUACAUAGCAUUGUUAUAUGUUGGGACAUCGCAAACCCGUAAUGUUAUUCGUAUUAUCACUACUGUCUUGCUAAGCACGCACUUGAGGUAGUGGAUAAUAAUCAAAACUAGGACCAGUUCAUAUCACCUUGUCGAUGAAAGGGCUUGGUCGCCGUGUUGAGUGUAGAAAAUGUUACAUAAG